CUAAAGAAUGCCAAAGAAGAGGAGUUGAUUGGAAUUUUGAACCGGGGGAAUUCCUUAAGCAAGGCGAAGGGCUCCGGACGCCUCCUCGGGAGGAGGAGGAGAAUGGGGCCGGGGCCGGAGCUCCGGGUGGGCCUCUCCCACCCCCUGCCCAGCCUCUGAGCCCCCGGCGGGGGGGAGAAGCGUGCCCCUGCCCCGCGGAGGAUGGAUGGAAGAGACCUGGGGGGGCCCCGCUCGGUCCACGUCCCCCCGCCGCUCCUCUCCGGCCUGGCCAUGGAGAGCCAGCACCGGGUGGCGGCCGCUGGAGCCGCCGCCGCCGCCGCUCGCCUGGCCGCCGCCGGCCUGCCGCCCGCCCCUCUUGCCCCCGGGAAGUACCUCGCCUCCGGCCUUAACCUCCAUUCGCACCCGGGUUUCUCCCACCUGCCGAAUGGUCUGUACCCUUCGUACAUUCCCUUGAGUCACCUGGAGCCUCAUAACAGCGGGAGCCCCUUGCUCGCUCAGCUGGGCCAGCACAGCCUCUUUGAGUCUCCAAAAGAUGGAUUUUACCUCACCAGCCACGCAGGACAGUCCGCCUUGCACCCGCCGGGCCCUCCCUCGCGGACAGCGUCCAACCCCACCCCAAACUCCCUGCUCCGGGAAAAAGACCUUGGCCCCCUGCACAGGAACUCAAAGGAAACGUUGAAAGACCCCGCCCGCAAGGAGAGGGCGAGCCGGAGCGACCUCUCCUUGCCCGUGACCAAGAAGGAGGGCAAGCUGAAGGAGGAGGCCCGGCCCCACAGCGUGGUGGAUCUCACACUGGACACCAAGCCCGACAGCGACAGGAAAGUGAGCGUCCCCGAGAAGGCGGUCAAGGCCGGGGAGCGGUUGUCCCCUUUCCUGGCCGAGCACGUGCCGAACCGGGGGAGCCUUAGCGGAGAACCAAAGUCCAAGAACCCGCUGCAGACCUCUUCGCUCAACAACUGCAACGGCGGCGGGGACCUCCUGGGGAAAGUGCUCGGCUCGGAGCAGGACCGCUGUGCCAAGGACCCGAACCGACACGACGAGAACAUGAGGCCUUCUCCUCACCCCUUGCACCCGGACCGGCUGAAGAGGGGGGAGUCCGCGAUGGGCUCGGCCGCCGCUUUGCACGUCGCCUGCAGCUGCCCCUCCCCGCACCCGCCCCAACCGGGAAAGCUGACCCCGUCCUCAGCCUUCCCUCCCCAGCCUGUCCAUUCCAACAUGUAUACCAUCUUUCCUCUGACCAAGGAACCGGGGAGGGAACACAAAGUCAUCGCCCCCACCUUCGUGCCUUCGGUUGAGGCCUACGACGAGAGGAAUGGCCCCAUCCAGAUCGCCUCGCAGGCCCGGGACAACGGCAAAGCGAAAGAGAGAGACGCCUCCGGUGCCACCGCCGCCCGGGUGGGUGUCUUGCAGUCGUUGCCCAGCAGGUGUCUGGGCGACCAGCCCCGCAACGUCCUGCCCCAAGAUUUCCCCGGCCAUGGUGAUGCCAAACACAUGGAAGUCCUGAGGGAGAAAAGCUCCGUUAUCCGGGCCAACUCCAUGGUGCUGAAGAGACAGGGGGCUUCGGAGAACGUCUCGAACAGGCCGAGGCUGAGCUCCCCCGAAAGCAGGGAGUUCCUCCCUUCAAAAGACUUGCUGAAACCCAGCCCGGAGGUGGAACACCGCUCCUGCGAGCGGGACCGGUUUCAGAGAUCCGGCUGCAAAGAGGCGGCUAAGAUAUAUGGGACGUUGGACUCCUCUUCUCCCUCCUCCUCCUCCUUCUCCUCCUCUUCCCGGCAGCCUCUCGAUCACGGGCCGCUGAAGCCCCCCGAACAGAAAUGGAAGCCUUUCGAGAUGGGCAAUUUUGCCACCACCCAGAUGGCCGUCCUGGCCGCCCAGCAUAACCACGCCAACCGGGUAGAGGAAGAGGCCAAGAAGGCGUACCUUGACCCCGGCGGCCUGCAGAGAUCUACAGCGGCAGGUCCCCGGAGCGCCCCGGAAGGCCUCCACCCUACCUCGCACGGCGAAGGCUCCGCCAUGCAGAGCCUCAUCCAGUACAGUGGCAGCUUCGCCAAGGAGACGUCAGCGCGGCAGGGGGGUGGGAAGAAGAGUCCGUUCGGGGGGCUGGGCAGCAUGAAGCUAGACCCCUCCCAGCAAGGCCUUUCCAAGAUCCAGCAGCUGCUGCCCCACCAAACAGGCAAGCAGUUAAAGAAGGAGCCUGAGAGGCCGGAAAGCGCCAAGUCCUUUGGGCGCGAGAGCAUCGGGUCUCAGGGGGAAGUGGAGGUGCGGCAUCUCCCCGUGGGCAUCGCCGUCGCCGUGGCCCGGCAAAAAGACAACAGUGGCCACAAGCCGGGGCCGAACCUCCUGGACCGGGAUCGCUCCCUCUCCCUGGGAAGCAUCAAAGGGCACGGGCGCUCGGACGAAGACUGCGGGGAUGACCGGCCACGCCAUCGGCAUAGCCACCUCUUGGCCAGUUGUCUGGAACGAGACCAGGAGAAGAUGCUCAGAGAAAGCAAAGAGCUGGCCGACUUUGCUCGGAUCCAUCCCGCCGGCUGUGCCGCCAACGGCUUGAACUCCAACCUCAUGGUGACUGGAGGGCCUCCCCUGACCGGCUCAGGGCGAUGGUCGGCCGAUCCUGCCGCACACUUGGCGGCCCACCCCUGGUUACCGAGGACCGGUAGCCCCUCCAUGUGGCUCGCGGGCCACCCCUACGGCCUGGGACACCCCUCCUUGCACCAAGGCAUGGCUCCAGGAUUCCCCCCUAGCAUGGGGGCAGCGCUCCCUUCCGCCUAUCAGUUUGCCCGGGAUCCCCAGUCCGGGCAGCUUGUCGUGAUCCCCAGCGAGCACCUGCCGCACUUUGCGGAGCUGAUGGAUCGGGCGCCACCACUCUGGCCCGCCAUGUACCCCUCGGCCCGGAACUCCCUACAACACGCCCACCAGCUCCAGCUGUUGUCCCACCAGCAGCUGCUCCGCCAGCAUGAACUGUACCUCCUUCAGCAGCAGGCUGCUCAUGCCAUGGAACUGCACAGGAGCGCCCAGCUGGUGCAGGAGAGGCUAAAAGCUAGUGAACAGCGGGUGGAGAUGGAAGAGAAAGUCUCGAAACGGAGCCUGGACAGCGGCAAAGCGGGCUUCUCCUCCUCCGGCCCAGGCCUCUUACCCCGGAAGCCUCCGGUCCUGUCCCACAGCACUUCCGCGUCAUACAGCAAGGCUGUGAGUCCCCCUCCCCUGUCUCCCAGGGCUUCACCUGUGUCUGGGCUCAAAGCCGAGGUUAUCCAAAAGAUGGAAGAGCCGCCUACGCAGCCCGCCUUCUCCUAUCCUGCUACUCCCAUCUCCCAUCCUUCUAGUCCGCCCCCUGCUUCUCCGCCCCCUGCCCCUGCCAUCCCCACAAAAGAGGAGGAAGAGCCUGAGAGCUUAGAGAAGAAAGAAAUGGAGCGGGAGAAAGAGACUGCCAGUCCCUACCAGGCUUUGUACCCAGGAAACCCACCUAGGGGUGAAGGAGAGACGCCUUAUCGUGGAUCCCUGUUCAUCACACCAGCCGUUCCUUCUCUUGCAGAGGUUCCCUCAGGAUAUCCGUUCCAAUCGCUGCCCGCCUCCUUCAGAAGACACUACCCAUACCUCCUCCAGCCAACCGCGGCGUCGGAGGCAGAUGGCUUGGCCCCUGACGUCCCACUGCCGGCCGGGGAUUCUGAGCGCAUGCCCCUUUCUCCUGAGGUCAAGCCCAUCCACCUCUCCCCGUCCAAAAUCGUCCAACCCAUCCAGGCUGUGGAGGAAGAGGAGUCUUUGGAAGAACGGGUGAAGACCGAGGUUGAGAUGGAUGAGAUCCAAGAGGGCGACCUCUGCGACCAGGACAUGGACUCUAUGAACAUGGCAACAUCUGUCACCCUCCCCGUUCAGGACGUGAAUGCUUGCGGCCUUCUGUUGCACCACCGCAAAGCCUUGAGCAGUGCGGAAGAUGAAGAAGAACCUCUUCAGGACUGCCAACCCGCGUAUGAAGUGAUGGCAUGCUCUGCAGAACUGGGAACCCAUGGAGAUGCUGCCGUCGACACAGAACCUUGUCCGGUCCACCUGAGCUAUGACGGGGGGUUGUUAUCUAAGGACAAUGAACCGCCCAGGAUGGGCCUCACGCCUCCACCGGAAGAAGCUUCUCUAGCGACGGAACUGCCUCACGUCAACUCUCCCCAGGAAAGAGAAUUUCCCAGCAUUCCUCAGGAAGAGGGAGAGCCACCCUUGGAAACUCCCACCUAUGGGAAUGAGGACAUAUCCUGCCCGGUGCCUCCUAUGGACAUCCAACCAGAUGACCCGCUGGCCGGCAUGAACGCCUUAGCGGCCGCUGCCGAGCUCCCUCAGGCAUGUCUGCUGCAGACGAGCGACGAUGUCGUGCAAGCGGCAGUGGUGAACCUGGAGGUCUCCUCGAGCCUGUCGCCGGAGCACACUUUUUUGCAAGGGAUCACGCUGCUGAGUGAAAUUGCCGAGUUGGAGCUGGAGAAAAGAAGGCAAGAGAGUGAAGCAGACUUAGAGAGCUUCCCAGUCCGGCCCACCUUGGAGAGCCUGUUGGCUGCCAGCACUCAAAUGCUGAUGGAGGUCCUCUCAGACCCCUUCAUGGACAGCCUGAAGAACAUCCGCCUCCCUCGAGAGCUGAACCCCAACAAAAAGUACAGCUGGAUGCAGAAGAAAGAUGAACCCAUGUACUCCAUCAAGUCGGCUAUUGAGAACAUGGAUGCCAUGGAGCUGGACUACAGAAUGCGGUUGGCUGAGCUGCAGAGGCGGUACAAGGAAAAGCAGCGAGAACUGGUGAAGCUGCAGCGUCGGAGAGACUCAGAGGAAAAGCAUGACGAGAAAAGUAGAAGCUUGGGAAGACGAGGCCCAGGAAGGCCCAGGAAGAGGAAGCACGGAUCCAUUGCUCUGUCGCCCCCUAAGGAGAGAGGGAAGAGUGACGGCAGGAGUGGAAAGCUGGGCAAGUCCUUGCUGCUCUCCGAAGACUCGGAGGCGGGAGAAGGGUCGAGGAAAAGGCACAGGGGCUUCCUCCUGGACGAGGACGAGGACACAGACAGCAGGAGCGGGAAGGCGAAAGGGAGAAAUCGCAGUUGGGACGAGCAUGACGUGCUGGCGAGCUUUUCCAGCGAGUUAAAGAUUAAGAAGAAGAAGCUGGCUUGUGACCAAGAGCAUCUGGUGAGCAAGCUGGACAAAGCCCUCUCGCUCUCCAGGCACAGCAAGUUGAGGUCUCCUUUUAAGUGCACGGGCAGCUCUGGAGGGAAGCAGAAGAACGGCGGGUGUGGGGGCAGCCGAUAUCUGUUGCCACGUGAGGAAAAGAAGAGACUGUCCAACACCCUGAGCUUCUCCCUGAAGGCCUCCAAAGAAGGUAAAAACAAAAUGGCGGCCAAAAUGAAGAAGAUGGAGGUGGGGCUAAAACUCAAAGGUCACCUGAAGGUUACUUCUUCGCCAGCAAUAUCUGAAUUUAGCAGCUAUUCCUACAAUACAGACUCAGAGGAAGACGAUGAAUCCCUGAAGGAUGAAUGGCCUUUCCAGACCUCGUCCAGCUCCCGGAUGAGGCCCCCCAGUCUAUACAGUGCAGUGGGCCAAAAGACCAGCAGGAUCUCCGGGGGCUUCAAGUCCUCCAAGAAGGGCCUACCUGCUGCUAGGACUCUCAAAUCUAAACUGGCUGCAAGCCGGAAGCAGCAGUUUUGUGUGGUGCCCAGAGAGGCCGAACCCGGAUCUUCCUUCAGUGAUUCCUCGGAGGACUCGUUUGAUCAAGAUUCUACCUCAGAAGAGGAGGAGGAGGAGGAAGAGGAAGCGCAAGAUUAUAGGCUGGGUGGGAGCGAGAGGCUUUCGCCCCCUGCUUUGGAUGAGAGCGGUCUGGGUCUACUCGCAAGAUUCGCCGCCAGCGCUAUGCCAAGCCCCAUCAUCCCGCCUUCUCUCUCCAUCGUUCAGCUGGAAGCAAAGCAGAAGGCCAAGAAGAAGGAAGAACGGCAGAGUUUGAUGGGGACGGAGUUUGAGUACACAGAUUCGGAAAGCGAGGUGAAGAUCAGGAAGAAGUCUCCUUCUCAGUUGCUGCGUGGGAAAAAGGGAAUGUUGGAGUCAGGCAACACCACACCCGUACAGUCCGCAAGUUCCACGGACUCCUCCUCCGGGGUGAGUUUGGACAAGACCAAGAUGGCGUCCGAGAAGAGCCGGAAGCUGAAGAAGUUCAAGUCGCCCAAAGACCUGAGCUUUGAAUUUGGGCUGGAGAUGAGCGAUGAUGACCUCUGGAACCGGCGGCGAAGCGAGCGGAUCUUCCUUCACGACGCCACCACGUCGUCAGCCGUACUGUCCUCCACCACGGCAAGCGGCUCAACACCUGGGCCCAAGGCCAGCCGCUGCGUGAAGGGGUCUCCCCUGAGUCCCAAGAAAGAUGGGAGCAAAGGGAAAGAGAAGAAGCUGGUGGAUCCCUGAAGUAAGAAGAAAAAUAAAGAGAGCCCUUUCUGCUCUUCCUCCUCUUCCUCUUCCCACUCUCCUCCGGGCAUCACCAGCUCCCCGCCCGACAUCCGUGCCAGCCUGGCAAACUCCCUCAGCUCCAGCAAGAAGAGCAAGGCCAAGAUGAAAGCCAAAGAGGUGAAGAAGGAGAACCGAGGGAAAGGCGGGGCUGUGAGCAAGCUCAUGGAAAGCAUGGCCGCGGAGGAGGAUUUCGAGCCCAAUCAGGACAGUAGCUUCUCGGAGGAUGAAAACAUGCCACUGAGCGUGCUUCUGGAAAGGCCACCCACGCCAGCCCCACGUUCCUGUAUAAUUGACAAAGAGGAACUGAAGGAUGGUUUGCGUGUCCUCAUCCCCAUGGAUGACAAACUGCUCUACGCUGGACACGUGAAGACGGUUCACUCUCCUGACAUAUACCGGGUGGUGGUAGAAGGGGAGAGAGGGAACCGUCCCCACAUCUACUGUUUGGAACAGCUGCUGCAGGAGGCGAUCAUCGAUGUGAAACCCCCGUCAGUGCGGUUCCUGCCCGAGGGCACAAGGAUCGCUGCCUAUUGGAGUCAACAGUACCGCUGCCUGUACCCAGGGACAGUUGUCCAAGGAACUCACGAUCAGGAGGAGGACGGGGAUUUGAUAACUGUGGAAUUUGACGAUGGAGACACCGGGCGGAUCCCCUUGUCUCACAUUCGUCUGUUGCCACCCGACUACAAGAUCCAGUGUGCGGAGCCCUCGCCCGCCCUCUUGGUGCCCAGCACGAAGCGCCGCAGCCGCAAAUCCAGUAAGGAUACUGGAGAAGGAAAAGAGGGAAGCGGGAUGGGAUCAGAGGAACAAGCGGCAAAGGGCAAAGUUCGUGGGAGGAAACCGAGCGUCAAACAAAAAGCUGAAGAAACCACCCUGGCGGAAGAGACGGACCAGGGAGAAACGCCACCAGCCCCAUCCCUCAUGCCCGAAAAGCCCGUUUGCCUUAGCAAGCAGUCGGCAAAAAGUUCGAAGAAAGCACAGCCGAUCCCAGCUCGGUCAUCCUCCGUUUCCUCCGAAGAAAAACAGCAUGGUAAAAGCAACAAGGCGAAGCUCUCCACCAAACUGCCCAGCUCCCCAACUCCCCCGUUCCAGUCUCCAGUGUUCAGUAACAUUCGCGGGAGCGAGCCCUACGUCGAGUUGCCAGGUGCGCUGGGAGUUUUCGGCCCGUCGGACAGCUCCUCCGGGAAAGUCAAAUCUAAGAAAGGGAAGUCUGCCGAAGAUUUACAAGAGUUUGGGUCCACGGCCAAGGCUCAGAGGAAUAUCCCGGACAGUGAGAUCCUCAUCAAGUUGGACCACGAGGGGGUCAUGUCUCCAAAGACAAAGAAGACCAAGGAAGCCAUGAGGAUGUUGGGCGACUCCAAUCUGGCUGGCAGAAGAGAGGCCAAGACCAUCGUCGGGCUCAGCUACGCCUCCGUUGCCAGCUCGGAUGCGAAGCAGAAACAGCCCAAAAGCAAAGCAGCAGGCAGAGAACCUUCCGCUCCGAAUUUCGGCGGCAAGUUCGGCGGCAGCAGAGAGAAGCAGGCCUCCUCCAAGGACCGAGAGGACAAAGCUCAUGUGGCGCCGGCUGGCGACGAGUCCGAGAGCAACAGCAGCAGUUCGGAGUCCGAAGGAGAGGAGGAGGCUGAGAAGAACGGGGGCGGUGCUCAGGACAGCAGCUCGGCCAGUUCGAGGGUGUCGACACCCAUGUCCUCGUCCAACUCCUCCUCCUCUUCCUCCAGCAGCAGCAACUCUUCUUCCUCCUCCUCCUCUUCCACCUCCUCUUCCUCCAGCUCCAGCUCCUCCUCCUCCUCUUCCACCUCCUCUUCCUCCAGCUCCAGCUCCUCCUCCUCCUCGUCCACCACUGACGAAGACUCUUCUUGCAGCUCUGACGACGAGGCGGCUGAAUCCCAGCCCGGCACAUCUUCUGUCCAGCAGGUCCUCCCGCCAAAGCAAGCCAAGCAGGCGGGGAAGUCUCGGGCAGCUUCCCACCCUUCGGGCCCCAAGCAGCAGCAGCAGGGGGCGGCCCAGAAGCAGCAGCAGAACAGUAACAAGAACCGGCCCAAAAAGCGCGAGGGGAUCCACCUUCCCACCACCAAGGAGCUGGCCAAACGGCAGAGGCUCCCGUCCGUGGAGAACAGGCCCAAGAUCGCCGCCUUCCUGCCUGCCCGGCAGCUUUGGAAGUGGUUUGGGAAGCCGACCCAGAGGCGCGGGAUGAAGGGGAAGGCUCGUAAACUCUUCUACAAAGCCAUCGUCCGCGGGAAGGAGAUAAUUCGCAUCGGAGACUGCGCUGUCUUCUUAUCUGCCGGCCGACCCAACCUGCCGUACAUUGGCCGGAUCCAGAGCAUGUGGGAGUCAUGGGGGAACAACAUGGUCGUCAGGGUCAAGUGGUUUUACCACCCGGAAGAAACCAACCCUGGGAAGAAGCUCAACGAAGGCAAGCGCUGGGAUCAGAAAUCCAGCAGAAGCCUCUCGAGUGCUCUACAGGCAUCCAGCCAGAGGAAGGACUUCAUGGAACGAGCGCUGUAUCAGUCUUCUCACGUGGACGAGAACGACGUCCAGACCAUCUCGCACAAAUGCCUGGUGGUUGACCUGGAGCAGUACGAACAGAUGCUGAAGACUAAGAAGUAUCAAGAUAGUGAAGACCUUUACUACCUAGCGGGGACAUACGAGCCUACUACGGGCAUGAUAUUCAACACAGAUGGGGUCCCCGUCAUCUGCUAACUAGCCCGGGAAAAGGGAAUUCUGGGAGGCAUCCCUCCCCAACACCCUGCCCCACGCUUCCAAAGCAUUCGCUCAUGCCCACAACCUGUAUGGGAGAAGAAUGGGACAAAACAAAAAAAAGUAUGUGCCUGUUUUUUAACGACAGCAUGAUUGUUUUAAUGCUCGCACGCAUCACGACAAAGAUUUUUUUUAAAAAAGAGACUCUAUUUUGAGGGACUUCCUGAAAACAGCUCAGGGUGACAGCAAGGAUCCAAUGACUUGGCUUUUGGGGAAGAAGAACAUAGGAGAGUUUUUGGGUUCUUUUUGUUAUUUGGAGGGUGUCCCCCCCCGAUUCUGGAUAUGUACGACGGACUUCCCCCUCCCCCGACCAUUGAGAACCGGAGCACCAGAUAACGUCAUGGGAAGAGCAUAAAUCAAGAACAGUUCCAUAGGAUAGUCGAAGAGGGCAACUUUUCAUCCAGAGUCGACACUCUCUGGU